AUGACAGUUAAAAUAAUAACGAUAGAUCAGUUCAAUGAUGGUGCGCUUAAUAAUUUGGUUACAUUAUUAAUUGAUAGUGUUCAGAGUGGAGCAUCUGUAGGAUUCAUAGCUCCACUACCACGUAUAGAUGCAGUUAGCUAUUGGUUAUCAGUUCAGAAUGAUUUGAAAGAACGAUCGAGAUUCAUGCUAAUUGCAAUAGAUGAAAAUACAGAUGUCAACAGUAAAGAUAGUUUAGAGAUAUUAGGUUCUGUGCAACUUUCACUCUGUAUGAAAAAGAAUGGUUUACAUAGAGCUGAAGUAGAAAAGUUAAUGGUGAAAUCAACACAUAGAGGCAAAGGAAUAGCUACAGUUUUAAUGAAUGAAAUAGAACGACUUGCAAAGAACAAUGGUCGUACACUUUUGGUUUUGGAUACAAGACAGGAUGAUGUUGCCUCUCGUUUAUACACUAAACUCAGUUAUAUAGAGGCUGGUGUCAUUCCUCAAUAUGCAUUAAGUUCAAAUGGUGAAUUAUCAGGUACAACUUAUUUCUAUAAAUUACUGUAG